UUGGUCCGCCUACUCGGCUUCAAUGAAGACAUAACUUCCGUUUCCGCCCAGUCCUUUUCUCCUCAGUCGAUCCGCCGUGCGGGUGGAAAUCUGAAAGGCCGCCAGGAUGCAGAUCUUUGUGAAAACACUUACUGGGAAAACAAUUACCCUUGAGGUUGAGGCUAGUGAUACUAUUGAAAAUGUCAAGGCCAAAAUACAGGACAAAGAAGGCAUUCCACCUGACCAACAGCGUCUGAUUUUUGCUGGAAAACAGCUUGAGGAUGGACGUACUUUGUCUGACUACAACAUUCAAAAAGAGUCCACUCUACAUCUGGUGCUGCGUCUUCGUGGUGGGAUUAUUGAGCCUUCCCUUCGCCAGCUUGCUCAGAAGUAUAACUGCGAUAAGAUGAUUUGUCGCAAAUGCUAUGCUCGCCUUCAUCCUCGUGCUGUAAACUGCCGCAAGAAGAAGUGUGGACACACAAACAACCUGCGCCCUAAGAAGAAGGUCAAAUAAACGCUUUACAGGGACACUGUUUUUGACUUUUGUUGAGAAAUAAAAAAAUUAAAAAAUUGUCUGAAAUUUGUACUAAUUAAUUCUCCCCCUUUUUAAUAGCAAUCCUUUACCUGCUUUGUUUCCAACA